AUGAUGAGACUUAAUCAUCAGAAUUACAGCUACAUCUGUACUACCAAAGGAUGGAGACCCAUUGCAAUAAUGGAGCCAUUCAUGUGCUUGCCUGUAGAAACUCAGGCCCUACUGGAAUUCAAAAAACAGCUUAAUGAUCCUUUGAAUUACUUAGAUUCAUGGAAGGAUUCAGAUUCUCCUUGCCAAUUUUAUGGAAUUUCAUGUGAUGAAAAUACUGGUUUAGUCACUGAUAUUUCACUUGACAGCAAGUCUCUUUCUGGGGUAAUAUCCCCAUCACUUUCUGUCCUGCAAAACCUCACUUCUUUAGUUCUACCUUCAAACCUUAUAUCAGGAAUUCUUCCGAAGGAACUGAGCAAAUGCAUGAAUCUAAAGGUUUUGAAUGUAUCUGAUAACAAUAUGAAUGGAAGCAUUCCUGACUUGUCCAAUUUGACCAACUUGGAGAUUUUUGAUCUCUCAGAUAACUAUUUUUCGGGUGAAUUCCCAGCUUGGGUCGGAAAUUUGACUCAUCUGGUUUCAUUAGGCCUUGGGAACAAUGACUAUGACGAGGGAGAAAUUCCAGAUAGCCUAGGUAAUUUGAAAAGCUUAUACUGGCUUUACCUGGCAGGAUCAAACUUGCGGGGGGUAAUCCCAGAAUCUAUUUUUGAACUGGAGGCAUUGGGAACUUUGGAUAUUUGCACGAAUAAGAUUACUGGAAACUUCCCAAAGUCAAUUGGCAAGUUGAGAAAUUUGUGGAAAAUUGAGCUUUAUGGGAACAAUUUGACAGGUGAAAUUCCACAAGAACUUGGAAAGCUCACUCUUUUACAAGAAAUUGAUAUAUCUUCAAACCAAAUGCACGGGACAAUUCCUAAAGAGAUUGGCAAUCUGAAGAAAUUAACAGUGUUUCACUUAUUCAAGAACAACUUCUCUGGAGAAAUCCCAGCAUCAUUUGGUGAUAUGCAGCACCUCAAUGCCUUUUCUAUCUAUAAGAACAGUUUUUCAGGAGAAUUUCCACCCAAUCUUGGCCGCUUUUCACCAUUAAACAGUGUUGACAUAUCUGAAAAUAAUUUGUUUGGUGGAUUCCCGAGAUACUUGUGUCAGAACAAGAAUUUACAGAAAUUGCUUGCUUUGCAAAACAAGUUUUCCGGGGGCUUUCCAGAUACUUAUGCAGAAUGUUUUCCUUUGGAACGGUUGAGAAUCAGUCAGAACCAGCUGACUGGAAAUAUUCCUGAUGGUGUAUGGGCACUUCCUAAUGUGAAUAUGAUGGAUUUCAGUGAUAAUCAUUUCACUGGCAGGAUAUCUCCACGCAUUGGGGUUUCUUUGAAUUUGCAAGGGCUAAUGCUGUCAAACAACAGAUUUUCAGGAGAGCUCCCAAAAGAAUUUGGCAAACUCGUGCAGUUGGAACGCCUAUAUUUGGAUAAUAACAACUUUUCUGGCAGAAUUCCAUUAGAACUUGGUGCCCUAAAGCAGAUAUCAUCUUUGCAUUUGGAAGAAAAUGUGCUAAUUGGAUCGAUACCGGCAGAAUUAGCAGAAUGUACUCGGCUUGUGGACUUAAAUCUUGCUUCAAAUUUUCUGACCAGCAGCAUUCCCAGUACUUUCUCAACUAUGGCCACUUUGAACUCUUUGAAUCUUUCAAGAAACAGACUCACGGGAUCAAUUCCAGAAAAAUUGGAUAAAUUGAAGCUGUCUUCAGUGGAUCUAUCAAAUAACCAGCUAUCGGGAAGUGUUCCCUCUGAUUUUCUGACUGUGGCCGGGGACAAGGCAUUUGUUGGAAACAAAGGCCUUUGUGUUGAUGGAAGCAUCAAAGGAUCAAUGAACUCAGGGUUAGGUCCUUGCAAUGGAAAGAAUAGUCACAAGGACUUUGGUAAAAGUAAAUUAGUUUUGUUCUGUAUGAUAUUGCUCGCUCUGGUUGUUAUUUUAGGGGGUUUACUGCUUGUGAGUUACUUGAACUUCAAGCAAAGUCGGACUGAUGCAGAAGAGCACCCAGAAGAAGAAAAGGGAAUACGUCCGAAAUGGAAGCUUGAGAGCUUCCACCACGUUGAAUUUGAUGUGGACGAAAUAUGUGGUGUGGAUGAGGAUAAUUUGAUUGGCGUUGGAGGCACUGGAAAAGUUUAUCGACUAGAUUUGAAGAAAGGUUGUGGUACAGUUGCUGUGAAGCAGCUGUGGAAGGGAAACAGCGUGAAACUCUUUGCAGCAGAAAUGGAAAUUCUUGGAAAGAUUAGGCAUCGAAAUAUUCUAAAGCUAUAUGCUUGUCUGAUGAAAGGAGAAGUUUCUCCUAGAGGAUCUGAAUGCAGUUGUUUUGCGGGAACUCAUGGUUAUAUGGCUCCAGAACUAGCAUAUUCAUUCAAAGUCACUGAAAAGAGUGACAUAUACAGUUUUGGAGUGGUUCUGUUGGAAUUAGUGACAGGUAGAAGGCCAAUCGAGGAGGCUUAUGGUGAAGGAAAGGAUAUCGUUUACUGGGUUUCAACUUAUUUAAAUGACCAGGAAAAUGUUGUUAAAGUUCUUGAUCCUAAGGUGGUUUCUGAUUUUGUCAAGGAUGAUAUGAUAAAGUUCUUGAAGAUUGCUGAAUUAUGCACUUCCAAACUUCCAAAUCUUCGACCGAAUAUGAAAGAAGUGGUGAAAAUGCUUAUUGAUGCUGAACCUUGCAUUGUAAGAUCUCCCGACGCCUGUGUUAAAAACAAGAAGGUUUUCUUGUAG